AGAGCCCCUACUCCGGAACCCUACGGGCAGUUCUCCACCUCCUCCUUCACCUUCCCUCGCGUUCCGCGCUGGCCUCUGGGUCUCUUAGAGCAUCGGGCACCCUGCCGUGACCCCGCCGGCGCAAGAGAUGACUUCCACUCAAGAUGGGAGUGUUGCGAUUUUUGGCAGUGGACUCAUUGGCCGAAGCUGGGCCAUGUUAUUUGCCAGUGGAGGUUUCAAGGUGAAACUUUAUGAUAUUGAGCAGCAGCAGAUAACCAAUGCUCUGGAGAACAUCAGAAAAGAGAUAAAGGCCCUGGAGCAAUCUGGUUUGCUAAAAGGAUCUCUGAGCUCCGAUCAGCAGUUGGCGCUCAUCAGUGGCUGCACUGACCUGAAAGUGGCAGUAGAGGGCGCCAUGCACAUUCAGGAAUGCACUCCAGAAAAUCUUGAAUUGAAGAAGAAGGUUUUUUCUCAGUUAGACCUUAUUGUUGAUGAUAAAGUUAUCUUAAGCAGCUCCACUUCAUGCCUUUUGCCUUCAAAGAUGUUUUCGGGUUUGAAGCAUGUGAAACAAUGCAUUGUGGCUCAUCCUGUAAAUCCACCAUAUUAUGUUCCAUUGGUUGAACUGGUCCCACAUCCAGAGACUGAUCCUUCCACAAUGGAGAGAACAUAUGCUCUAAUGAAGAAAAUUGGGCAGUCACCUGUCCGAAUAAUGAAGGAGAUUGAUGGGUUUAUUCUGAACCGCAUCCAGUACGCCAUCAUCAGUGAAGCCUGGAGGCUUGUUGAUGAAGGACUAGUGUCUCCCUCUGAUCUUGAUACUGUGAUGUCAGAUGGUCUUGGAAUGCGAUAUGCCUUUAUUGGACCCUUGGAAACAAUGCAUCUUAAUGCAGAAGGCAUGCUGAACUAUUGUGAACGAUAUAGUGAAGGCAUGAAGCAUGUCCUAAAAACUUUUGGGCCAAUUCCAGACUUCUCUGGAACAACUUUAGAGAAUGUUCAUCAGGCUAUGUGUGCCCACAUUCCUGCUGAUCCAGCACACCUGGCUGCCAGGAGGCAGUGGCGAGAUGAAUGUCUCAUGAAGCUUGCCAAGUUGAAAAGCCAAAUGCAGGCUGAGUGAAGUUCCCCAUAACAACACUGUUGUCACACUUCAUGUGGCAAGCACUUUCUGGGAUAUAAUCAUAGAAAUGUCCAGUCUGAUUGCUUUAAACCAAUGAAAACCCUCCUUCCCCUUUUGCACCAGAGAAGACUCCUCCCCAUUUAGCACAGGAACUCCCUACUUGUUUUGAUAUGCUUUGGCAAAUGCCCCAGAGGGGUAGCAGAGAAUGCACAUUUGGUGUUCUCAGAAACAUGGACCAGGAGAGGUGUGUGUUUCCAGGAGCACUGCACAAGCUGAGGAAGCCCAGGCUGUUUGUCCUGGCACCAGAGACAACCAAGAGUCUGAUGAGGUGAUCACCUGGUGACUGCCUAAAACAAAAACAAUCAUUGAUGAGAUUCAUAAUCCUUUUUGUUUUUUACUGUGAUUGUGUACAUUAGUGUUACUCAAUGUCACAAAGCCUCCUGAUGCUUUGAUUUGUAUUUGAAAUGUCUGUCAAAUCAGUUCUUCUUAAAUGUGCCACAUCAUAAUAUCAAAGCACUGCGAAUGACUAUCUAUGCAUUUAUUUGUAAAAGUUUUUCUUAAUAAAUGUUUCUGAUUCCCA